AUGGUUCUGAAUCAGGCCAAUGCCCUGCUCGGCGCGGCGGAGACGGAGCUGUCUGAGGAACCCCGGAGGCGGCGCACCACGGAAUGGAACAUGACCACCGCGGCACGGACAGCCCUGGCGACCGCCCUUGACAAGCGACGGGCUGCGCGACAUUCCUUCAAGGCCGGACCGAACGCAGCAACGUGGAGGAUCCUCAAAGCAACGUGCAAGGGGGUGAAGGCAACAAUCGCAACGAGCAUCUACGACCACCUGGAAAGAUACGUGACGGAGCUCGAAGCGAUCUACCAGGACCGCGACAUGCGGGGGCUGUACCAACACCUCAAGCGGUCAACGGGCCUCAGCGGGAGACAAGCUGGGGGGCAGCAGUUCGUUACAGACGAGAACGGCGUGCUACUCCGGAACAAGGAUGCCAUCCUCAAGCGGUGGCGGAGAUUCUUCAAUACCCUCCUGAACUCCAAGUCCCCCACUCUGAACCCAGACGUUGUCGAACAGGUGAUGCAGCGACCAGCGACGCGCGCCACCCGACACCUGGCGG